CUAGUCAAUUGCGAUAGUGCAAGUGCCCACUACCCACCGCCGCCACUGCCGUUGCCUUCGUCACUCUGUUUGGCGAGUACCAGUGCCAGUAGCGGCUACAUACAGCAAGUAACUUGUGGCAUUGCGGUGGUCUGGUGUUCAAGAGUCGAGUCGCGGCGGGUGUUGAGUAAAUACCUACAAAUACAACUGUGUGUUAUUGUGUUCGUUGCAAUGGAAUUGCGUCGCUUUGUUUUGCUUUGCAUUUGGCUGCUAUUUGUGAGCGCUGUGGCGGCUAGAUCGCGCGGACGGCCAAACAUUUGCCUGCAGCCGCCACCAAGGUCGGAAGGUGUUUGCACUAUCGAAAUUGAAGGUUUCUACUUUGAUCAACGUAGCAAUGACUGUCUAAUGUAUGUGUUGGGCGGCUGUCACACCAUACCGGGACAGAGUUUCGGCUCGCGACAAGAUUGCCUAGACACUUGUGUGCAUAUGACAAGACGUCUACAGGAUUUGCGUUACAAUGAGUGAGCUAAGCGGCGUUUGAGAUAAACCAUGGCACAAAGGUAGAGCGACUAAUAGCGACAAAGCGUUGUGUAGCACAUAAGAUUUACGAAUUUAUAUAAUAAAUAUGAUGAUGAGUGAAAAAAAUGUUGGAAGAAACUAAUUAAUAAAGAGAUCAAGAAGGAAGGAAGUUUGUAUGGCAAAGAUUAA